GACGGCACUGACUGGCAUCACUGCUGGGCACUGACUGGCGGCACUGACUGGCACAACCGCUGGGCACUGACUGGUGGCACUGACUGGCAGCACUGCUGGGCUGCACUGGUGGGUGGCACUGGUGGGCAGCACUGGUGGGUGGGCAAAGGUGGGUGGUACUGGUGGGCACAGGUGGGUGGCACUGGUAGGCACAGGUGGGUGGGCACAGGUGGGUGGCACUGCUGGGCACAGGUAGGUGGCACUUCUGGGCACAGGUGUGUGACACUGCAGAGUGGCACAGGUGGGUGCACUGCUGGGCACAGGUGGGCGGAACUUGUGGGUGGCACUGCUGGGCACCGAUCAUCAGGGCACUGAUCAUCAGUGCCCUGAUGAUCGGUGCCGAUCCCCGCUCUGACAACUGCCGGUUCUCGGCAGUACUUUCCUCACGAUCUGACAGCGUGAGGAAAGUGCAGCCGAGAACCGGCACUUGCAU